CCACAGUGUCUCCUGUGCCCCCCCUCCCACGGUGUCUCCUGUGUCCCCCCUCCCACACAGCGUGGGGAGACGACUAAUAGUCGUCUCCCCACGCUGUGCUGGGGGGACUUUUUAACAUAGGCCUCUGUAUGGCCUUCAAUUUAAGCUGCUUACGCUUCGCCACUCUGCCAUGGGCCCCCUGUACCGCCUCCUCUUGCUGCUGCCAGGUCCAGAGUGUGUCAUGGGUCCCUGUACGGCCUCCCAUUGCUGCUGACUUCAUCGCCAGACUCUGCCAUGUGCCACUUUCAGGGUCUCCUUACACUGUUGGUGGGUUCCAUUUUGUG